AUGAUUUCAUCGAAUGUAGUAGAAAUGCUUGAUAAGCUGAGCUUAGAUCACCCAGCUGUAGGAUCCCAGUUAGAAGAGAUCAAGAAUAAUUACAAAGAGUCUAUGUGGCAUAUCAUCACAGACCAGUUGUAUAACUUGACUUGUGAUGCUGAGUUUGACCAAGGAGCUGACCUCCUUACUUUCUUUAAUGAUUUCGUAAUCAAGCUUGAUACUAAGAUUAAUGAGCUCAAGUACAUCAGAAUUGCAGUCAACUGCAGCCGCCAGUUCCAGAAUAUUGAAGAAGCCAUCACCUUUUUGAGUGGUUUGGAAGAGAAAGUUAAGGAUUCAAUCGGAGCACAACUCUUCUUAAAAGUCAGCAUCGCUGAGAAAAGACUAGCACUUGGCCAAUACAACGAAUGCUUUGACCUACUUGAAGAAGUCGAGGGGCAGCUUAAGGCUCAGAACGAUAUAGACCAGAUUGUGUAUUCUGAGUUAUACAAAACUCUUGCUCUGUAUUAUAGAAGAAAGGAGAAAUACACAGAAUUUUACCAAAAUGGGCUCCAGUUCUUGGCAUAUACUCCUGCUGAGGAGCUCACCGAACAAGAGAAGCAUGAGUGGUGUAUAAAUAUGGGCAAGGCCAUCCUUUUAGGAAAGGAUAUCUACAAUAUUGCAGAACUUCUUGAGAAAGAUAUCUUAAAGUCCCUCAUUAAUACUGAUUAUGAAUGGCUUUAUGACAUCCUGAAGGCACUCAACACUGCUAAUAUCGAUGAAUUCGAGGAAUGCUUGAGAAAAUACGAAGACAAAAUUAAUUCUUCUGAGGAAUUAGUGAAAAAUCAAAAUCAAUUAGAGCAAAAAAUCAAGAUUUUAGCAUUCCUAGAUCUUAUUUUCCACAGAGAGAAAGGAGAUAGAAACCUAGGCUUUGAACUCAUAGCAGAUAUCACCAGGCUCAGAAUUGAAGAUGUAGAGCUCCUUGUCAUGAAAUCAAUGAGCCUUGGUCUUGUUAGAGGAACUAUUGAUCAAGUUGACCAAAUCAUCAGAGUUUCGUGGGUCAAACCAAGGAUGCUACCAAGAGAUAAAAUUAAGAUAAUGAGUGAGAAACUUGCUAAAUGGGAUGUACAGAUUAAGCACACUCUUGAACUCCUUACCCAAGGUAGUGAGUAAUUUCAUCCUCAUAUUCCUAAUUAAGCUGGAUGCAAUAAUGGCU